UACAAGGGCCGUUUUCUUUUUCCCUCAGACUGCCUCUCCGUCUACUCUCGUUCUCACACGCAUACUCGCAACCAUAAUACGUACAGGUACAUACACCUUAUGCCCAGCCAGUCUCUCUUCUCUUAUGAGUGUCUCUCUCUGCCUUCUCUCCCUCUAGGGUGGGCCACCAAAGUCGACCAAGGUCGGUCAAUCAUGAACCAAUUUGCCCACGCCCUCUGGGAAGGCCUUCACAGCCCCAAAGGUACAAGGUUAUGUACAGUGUAUAAGCCAAUGGGUAGCAUAUCUAAAUCAGGCCCUCGCUUUUUAACUGUUCAACGUCCGCUCCUUCUCAUCCGUGUCGCAUGCUUCUUGCUCUUACAAGCUCCUUCUCCCAUCCCUUCCUACAGCAACACCCGGACUCUCACUCCAUGCUCGUCCCUCUUGGACUCUUGGUAA